CUAGUUUCUGCUCCUCUCUUCGCCACCUGUUAGUUAGUCUCCCUCUCCUCUCCGUGCUGGAAUCCCCUCUUCUUUUAUGAGGAGUUUCACACUUGCGCUAUCAGUGAGCCCUAUGACUGUGCGAAAAGGAAAAAGUUUAGCCAUCUCCAUCCAGGAGCACAUGGCCAUCGACGUAUGUCCGGGCCCAAUCCGCCCCAUCCGUCAAAUCUCUGCCUACUUCCCUCGCCUGUCGCCCACUUCCUCCUUCUCUGAGCCGCUCUCCCCCAAUCAGAUGGCAGCUCCCGCCACGCUCAGCCCCAGCAGUGCAGGUCAAGGUGGCGGGGCCGCCGGAGGUGGAGGAGGAGGAGGGGGAGGGAGCAGCAGCCUGUUGUCACCUCUGUUACCAGGGGCGGCGGGCGGAGGGGGCUCGCUGUCCGCCAUGAGCAGCAUGGACACCUCCAUUGAGAUCGACAGCUGUGACAGCGAUGAUAACACCUCCUUGGGGACACUCGAGUUUGAUCUACUGUACGAGAGAGCCACCAGCUCUUUACGCUGCACAGUCCUGAAAGCAAAGGGUCUGAAGCCGAUGGAUUUCAACGGUUUGGCCGAUCCUUACGUCAAGCUGCACCUGCUGCCGGGAGCCUGCAAGGCUAAUAAAUUGAAAACCAAGACUGUCCGCAACACGCUGAACCCCGUGUGGAACGAGACUCUCACCUACUGUGGAAUCACAGAGGAAGACAUGUACCGUAAAACACUCAGGGUGUCCGUCUGCGACGAAGACAAGCUGACACAUAAUGAGUUCAUCGGGGAGUCGCGGGUUGCCCUGCGUCGCGUGAAGCCUGACCAGACCAAACACUUUAACAUCUGUCUGGAACAUCCACCCCCUCUGCCUUCACCAACUGCGAUGAGCACGGCCCUGAGAGGAAUCUCCUGCUACCUGAGAGAGUGGGAGACUGAGCAGCAGAGAAGUCUAGAGGAGAGAGGCCGUUUGCUGCUCUGCCUGCAGUACCUCCCCCCGGCGGAUGAUGGCGAAGUGAAGGGCGUGUCCAAGGAGAGGGCUCGUGGCGGGCUAUGCGUGGGAGUCAAACGCUGCGCCCACCUGGCAGCCAUGGACGUCAACGGCUACUCAGACCCCUACGUUAAAACGUACCUCAAGCCAGACGUUCAUAAGAAAUCCAAGCACAAAACAGCGGUCAUAAAAAAGACUCUCAACCCGGAGUUUAAUGAGGAGUUCUUCUAUGAAAUCACCUUCUCAGAGUUAGCCACCAAGACGCUGGAGGUCACGGUGUGGGACUAUGACCUUGGAAAGUCCAAUGACUUCAUAGGCGGUGUGUCCUUAGGGUGCCACUCACAGGGAGACACUCUGCAGCACUGGAUAGACUGUCUGAAGAACAAGGGCAAGAAGGUGGAGCGCUGGCACACGCUGACCAACGAGCUGCCCGGAUCCUCGCUGCAGGAAUGAACUGAUCCUCGUCCACUGUUCUGACACUGGAGAGACUGACCUGACGACUCAGGAUGAGAGACGUUUCAUCGCAUGUUCUGAGGAUUUUCUGCAUGAAUAUGAUGGAUUCAUAAUCCUGCUUACUUUGUGUCAUAGAUGAGACCAUAAUUCAUAACAACAUACGCAAAAGGGGUCACAUUCAGAGAUCAGUACUCUAAUCUUGGAUCUAAAUAGACCUGAUGCAAAUUUGGGAAACCGUCCCUACCACAAAGCUGAGAAUUUUCAUAAUCAUAUUCAUAGGGAUCCGUGUCCCUUUUGUGGAUUUAAUAUCAAUUUAAAUGCUCCUCUGCGCUGCUCCAAAAUGGUUAGAUCUCAAUCAACAAGAAAAACUCAAAUUGGGCAAAAGAAAAUAUAAUGAGGGAGAAAGUUGAAUCAUUCUGCAGCUUGUCCGUUGUGUCAGGUUUUCUUGCUCUCAUUACAUUCAGGCCUGUUAUUCUCAUUAACUGCUAACAUUAAAGCUCCUCAUCCGUUAUGACCACAUGACCAUCUCACAGCGCACAUACCUCUCCCUCGCAAUAAUGUUUUGCCUAAUGCUUCCGAAGAUUUCCAAGUGGUCUUACUGCUGUCAGACGUUUUGUAUCUAUUGGUCUGAUGUCCACUGGAUUGCCUGCAGACAGCACAACCUAAUAAGUUAAUUGGUUCUUCCAUGUUGUUUCUUGCAUGUUUUGGUGUUGAUGGAGCUAAACUAAAAGACAAAUGUGUACCAGGCUCUGCUGCAGGAUGAAAUAUUCAUCAUUGUGUUGUUCCCAAUUCUCCUGAGAUGUCUUGCUCUGAUUAACGAAGAGAUUGUUUUAUUUACUUCAAGGGUAACAGUUGUUUUUUUUUUUAAUUUACGUUGUUCACAGUUGUUUAAUGUGUCAGCUCUGAUAUCACUGUGUCAGUUUCUUGUCGGUGACACGUUGAUGAACCUAAUUUUCGCUUCACCAUCCCUAAUUCUUAUGGAAGAGAACAGAGGUGUAAUUAGGAGCAGACUGCGUCGUGGCGAGCUGUGCAUGGUCACUCAGUAAAUAAAAAUCAUCAGCCUUUUGUUGAAUAUCUAAAUUACAAAUAUGAAUGGUGUAUAGAGCACAGUGUUGUCUGAACUCUCCAUGGCUGCUGCUUAGCUGUGGAUUGCAUUAACCAAGCCGCAGGUUUUUAUCUGUGCUCGGUCUCAUGUGGUAAAAGAGGCAUGCUGAAAAUACCAGUGGUGUUCAUAUGUAAAUAUAUAUUGUGUUUCACUUGCUUUGGAUGUUUGUCUUUUGGAACUUGAAGUGUGCAUGAU